UGGACAAUGACGCUGUUUGCUAACCGCCAAUAAACCACAGAAGAAGAACAGCACGAGGCGCUAGUUAGCUAGCUUGUGUCGAGAGGACGGCGGUGUUUCGUUCGGACGUUCGUGAGGUGUUUGGACAGAAAGGACGAUACGUGGUUCGGAUCCGAACUCUCCAACUUUGGUCGUAAAUGAGUGAAAAAGCGUUGAAUGUAAAGAAGGUGUUUCUGGGAUUGGAGCUGAAGGUCGGAGCUGCAGCUGGAACAUGUCUUCCGAAUCUCAGAGAGAGUCUUUCAGCGAGCACCUUUCUGCUGCUGAAGAAACAUUCAGAGUCUGUGAAGGAACCAUCGUCCAGAAUGAGGAGGAGCUCUGUGGUCAGAGCAGACUGCUGGAUAUCACCGGGAACCCGGUUCUCCCCAGGCAUUGGGUGAUAGAAGAGGAAGAUCUCUGCAACCAGCAGUGUGUCAAAGUGGAACAGAAUGAUCCAGAAACUACACAGACUAAAGAGGAACUGGAGGAUCCACAACUUUUACAGAUUGAAGAGGAACUGGAGGAACGAGAAGCUCCACAGAUAAAAGAGGAGCAGGAGGAACAAGAACCUCCACAGGUAAAAGAGGAGCAGGAGGAACAAGAACCUCCGCAGGUAAAAGAGGAGCAGGAGAAACAAGAACCUCCACAGAUUGAAAAGGAGCAAGAACAACUCUGCAUCAGUCAGGAUGAAGAGCAACUUGAUCUGAAGCAGGAGACUGAAACCUUGAUGGAGAUUCCUACUUAUGAGGAGAGUGAGAAGAGUGAAGCAGAUCUAAACAAUCAGCAGAGCUUUAAUGGAACUGAUAGUGAGGAUGAAGAAUUAAGCCAAUAUGAAGAAUCAACAUCAACUACAGAAGAAGAUACAGACCCACAGAACAGAGAUCAGAGAAAAAAAAGAGACAGAAGUCAUGUCCAAAAUGUGGACAACUCUCACAUGUCAGAAAGUCUGUGCGACUCUGAUGUUGGAAAACAUUUCAAGAAUGCAACUUUGGGUAAGAAAUGCAAACAAUCCCCCAAAGAAAAUAGUCUAUCCUCUGUGAAGUCUGGUAAAGGGACAAGAAUUGCACACAGUACGUCUCUCCACAUGAGAGCAGAGUCUGACGAAAGACGUUAUGGCUGUGAGGAAUGUGGUAAAAGUUUUGUUACUAAAUCUAAUCUCAAAAUUCACAUGAGAAUCCAUACAGGAGAGAAGCCUUUUUCUUGUAAAGAAUGUGAUAAAAGUUUUACUCAACUUUCUGAUCUCAAAAAACACAUGACAACUCAUACAGGAGAAAAGCCUUUUUCAUGUAAAGAAUGUGAUAAAAGUUAUACUCGAAUAUCUGUGCUUAAAAUACACAUGAGAACUCAUACAGGAGAGAAGCCUUUUUCAUGUAAAGAAUGUGAUAAAAGUUUUAGUCGAAUAGCUAAGCUUAAAGUACACAUGAGAACUCAUACAGGAGCGAAGCCUUUUCCAUGCAAGGAAUGUGAUAAAAGUUUUAGUAGAACACAUCAUCUUAAAAUACACAUGACAACCCAUACAGGAGAGAAGCCUUUUUCAUGUGAAGAAUGUGAUAAAAGUUUUAGUCGAAAAUCUAAGCUUGAAGGACACAUGAGAACUCAUACAGGAGAGAAGCCCUAUCCGUGUAAAGAAUGUGAUAAACGGUUUAGGGAAAUAUCUGUUCUCAAAACACACAUGAGAACUCAUACAGGAGAGAAGCCUUUUUUGUGUAAAGAAUGUGAUACAAGUUUUUCUCAAAUGUCUGUCCUCAAAAGACACAUGAGAAUUCAUACAGGAGAGAAGCCUUUUUCAUGUAAAGAAUGUGAUAAAAGUUUUAUUCAACGGUAUGACCUCAAAAAACACAUGACAACUCAUACAGGAGAAAAGCCUUUUUCAUGUAAAGAAUGUGAUAAAAGUUAUACUCGAAUAUCUGUGCUUAAAAUACACAUGAGAACUCAUACAGGAGAGAAGCCUUUACAAGACAAAAUUGUAAUUAAGAAUGAAGUAAAAAUCCUUCAACUUAAAAAAAAGAAAACCUCACAGCACAGGAAGGUUGAAAUAUUGUGAUUUUAUUUAACAUGUAAUAAAAAAAACACGGUUUCAUGUCUAAAAAUCGAAAUUUAAAAUGUGAUUAACAGGGUUCCCUGCGAGUCGUAAGAAGUCUUAAAUGCCUUGAGUUUGAAAACUUGAGAAUAAGGCCUUAAAAAGCAUUAAAUAAGUCUUUUGGUAAUUAAAAUGGGGAAGUUUAAAGCUUUUUCCAUAUGGUCUAAAGAUUUUUUUUUAACUAAGGUUGUGUAAGUAAAGUGCGUUUAUUAACAUGCCGGAUGUUUUAUUUAACCUAAAAAGUCUUCAAAUGAACUUGUAGAAACGUGUAGGAACAAUGGAAUAAAUGGUAGGUCUGUCAGCAACAAUUAUUUUUGUAAUCGAUUAGUCAAUUAUUAUUGUUUUACUAUAUGUGACAGUACUGGUACUCAGUCCGUGGAGGUUCAUGUCAUGUACGAUACUGCUAAUGCUCAGCGUAUGGUGCGUUCACAGAUAAUAAUAUCUUAAAUGUGAAGUUCAUGAAUUUCUAUUUCACCUUCCUUGGUCCUUUUUACUGGAUGUAUUAAAUUAAAAUGAUAUGUAAUAAAUCUCCAUCAUUUAUACCUUUAUUUAGAACAGAAGAUCAGAAUCAACAAAACUGAUAAAAACACAUUGAUGCAGUCAUUCAAUGAAAAGGAGGAACCAGUGAUUAUUGAAUGGAUAGAAAAGAACAGGUUUCUAAAAUCUGACGUUUGUACUGAAACCAUUCUUUUUUGAUUCUUCUGAUUUGAUAUUCUGAUUUUCUAAGACUAUUUUAUCAAUAAGGCACAAUGAUCACAUUAAUCAAAACAAAGGAUUGUGUAAUGAUUGUAUACAUCAUGAGUUUCACUUUAUGUGUUGAUUGAUAAAAAUAUUAAAUUUUUAACCAAAUUCAAUCUUUUAGAUAUACAGAAAUGUUUUGUUCUGAAAUAAGACUUGAAUUUUGAACGUUGUAAGAUUACAUUUUUAAAGACACUUUGAUCAUGUUCAGUUUUUGUUGGUUAAUUUUUAUUAGUAGAUUUUUGUAUUUUAUUAAAUAGUUUAAAGUUGUUCAGUUACCCAUUGUGGUUGUAGUUUAUGCUGAGAUGAUGUGUGUGUGUUACCAUGACAACACUACAGUUCUACUAACACUUUUUAUAUGGUUUGUGGUCAUUUCAAUAUUGUUUAAAAUAUUAAAUAAUUGCAGUUUAUAUUUUGUUGAGUCGUGUUGACAAAUAUAAAAUCUUUAGUAAAACUGUAUUAAGGAGGAGGUGGAUAAAGAAACAGACUGGUGUUUGUAUUGUGAUUCCUGUAUUCUAGUAGAGAUUAGUAGCAGUGUGAAGAUGUUCACUCACUCACUGAAACUACACUUUUUCUAUACUGCAUUGAGAUUUGUUGGUUGUUGUUUCUUAUAGUGUUUAUGUACCAAACUUCUCUGCAUAAUCUGUGGUGACAGGUUCUUGAAUGUUUCACAUAAUCUCACAAUAAUAAAGUUACAGACAUAAUGGG